UUGAGGCUCGCGACCAGAUGCGCGUUCUCGAUUAUAAACCUCUGACGCCUUCAUCCGGGAAUCUGGUACGAACUCGCUCUCCAACAUGGCGGCGCCAGCUAAGAAGAAGGGGAAUAAGAAGGGGAAGACCCUGACCCUCACUGACUUCCUGGCAGAGGACAAUGGGAGUGGAGGCAAUGCUCCACCACCGCAACCCAGCUACGCCAAGUCCACCAGCUGGGCCGACGAGACGGAUGACGUGGAGGGAGAUGUGUCCACCUCCUGGCACUCAGGGGAGGACAGUUACCGGGCCCCGGCCAUAGAUCGCAACAUCCUGCCCACGGCGCCACGGUCAGCCCGCGAGCCCAACGUGGACCGGUCGCGCCUCCCCCGCAGCCCCCCCUACACCGCCUUCCUGGGCAACCUGCCCUACGAUGUCUCUGAGGAAUCUAUCAUGGACUUCUUCCGGGGCCUAGCGAUCAGUGCUGUGCGCUUGCCACGGGAGCCCAGUAACCCAGAGAGGCUGAAGGGCUUUGGCUACGCCGAGUUUGAUGAUGUGGACUCCCUCCUUAGGGCGCUGACUCUCAAUGAGGAGAACCUGGGAAAUCGCAGGAUCCGGGUGGAUAUUGCAGAUCAGUCCAACGACAAGGAGGGGAGAGAUAAUGGCCAGAUGGGCGGACGGGACAGGAUGGGCCGUAUGGGAGACAUGGGGGGCCCCGACAAGACAGACAGUGACGACUGGAGGGCCCGGCCCACUGCUGACGCUGAUGAUGGACCCCCAAAGAGAGAGGAAUCCGCUUUCGGGUCACGCGACCGCUAUGGAGACCGUGACGGGCCGAGACGGGACAAUGACCGCGGCUUUGGCGGUGACCGGGACCGCGGCUUUGGCAGCGACCGGGACCGCGGAUUUGGCGGCGACCGGGACCGCGGAUUUGGAGGCGACCGGGACGGCGGCAGAGACCGCGGCUUCGGCGGCAGAGACCGCUAUGACGACCGGGGAGGUGAGAGCGGAGCCUUUGGCUCCCGCAGGGACCGGGAUGAUGGCGGGCGACGUGCCUUUGGCAGUGGCUACCGCCGUGAUGAUGACGGGGGUGGUGGUGGCCGCUACGGGGAUCGGGAUCGCUACGGCGGGGAUCGAGAGGACCGAUAUGAGAGGCGCGAGGAGAGAGGUGGUGAGGGUGGUCCCACCCAGAGACCCAAGCUGGUCCUGAAGCCACGCAGCACGCCCAAGGAAGAGGAGCAGGCCCGCAGCGGUGGUGGGGGAGCUGCCCCAGCUGCUCCAGCGACUGCCCCCAGCUCCGGCCGUGCCUCCAUCUUCGGAGCAGCCAAGCCCGUGGACACUGCAGCCAAGGAGCGGGAGGUGGAGGAGAAACUCCAGAGGCAGCUGGAAGAGGACAAGUCCAGGGGCUUUGAUAGAAAACCCCGUGACAGAGACAGGGACCCAAGUUGGAGGAGUGAGGAGCCACCUUCUGAGCGACCUGCAACACGCUCCCGCACAGGAAGUGAGUCAUCACAGACUGGAAGUACAUCUGGAGGAAGAGUCUCGCGGCGCAGAGAGAGCGAGCGAUCGGUUGAGAACGAAGUAUUCAGUGGUAAGGAGGACGACCCUCCCUCUCCCGGAGCUCGCCCUACUUCCGCCAACUCUUCCACAUCUUCCUCCAAGGAGCCCCUCAAGGUGAUGCCCGCACCACCACCCAAGGAGAAUGCCUGGGCCAAGCGCCCUGCGGUGAGCGCUGGGUCCACCCCUGUCUCACCCAGUGACGCGGCAUGUCCCAAACUGAGCUCAAGUUCUGCAGAUGAAAGAGGAUCUGGAAGGGACGAGAAUAAAGUGGACGGUGUGCGUCGGGACCGGGGCCCCCCACGGGGGAGAGGGGGGGCUGCGGGGCCUGGAGCAGGGCGGGGCCGAGGAGAAGGGGCCAACAGAGAUCGACGAAGGGAGGAAGACAGAAAGGAUAACAGAAGAGAUCGGGACUCAAGACCAGCACCAGAGCCAAAGAAAUACGAAGAGUCCCCAACUCCCAAAUUCAGCUCAGCCAGUAAAUACGCCGCUUUGCUAAUGGACAGCGAGCAAGGAGACGACGCGGAGGACAGCAUAGAAUAAAGCGAGAGCGGGGGAGUGAAAAGAAGAUCCAGUCAAUGAAAGAAUCUCACAUUAAAUAUGAAAGUCUCCUCACCUGGUGUAGAGGCACCUGGGAGGUCGUCACUCCUACCUACUUUCCUUACUCGUAACCCUCCCUCCCCUUUUCAGGACUUUUCAGUUUCUAAAAAGAAUAGUCAUAUACUGACUUGUUUUAAAUGGAAAGGGAAAGGAAUAGUUGACAAGAAAAUAUGGAAUAUUGAAUUAAUUGUAAUAAAUAAAAAAGUGGGGUAAAAACAAAUAUUGUUUACAUUUGUGAUGGUAUGCGUUGGGCUCCAUCCUUUUCCCCAGUGGAAAAGGAUGACAUUGGUUACUGGAUGCUUGCUUGUCAGCCUGACCUAUUAAAUCUCAUGUGCAGUUAAAAGGGCAGUGUUUUAUUUACCUGACAGCUGGCUAAGUAGGAUAAAAGUAUAUAUUCUCGCCGAUUGGUCCAGCCAAUACUCAUAAUGACAUCGUUCUCAAUGGGGGGGGUUUGCCCCGCUGGCGGACACUGAACCUACGUAAGUGAAGGCAGAGUUUGCCGUUGUAAUUGAGUACUGUAGAGCACGGGGAGGUGAAUGUCGUCACUAACUAAACAAAUCUGAUCAAUAAAGGAGGCAUUGUUUUGUG